AUGUCGGGAGCUAUCUUUGCGCCCCUGGAGGGCCCGGGCGCCCUGGACGCGGCGAGCGGCCCCCCGCUCGUGUGCCCGCUGUGCCGCGCGCAGUACGAGCACCCCUGCCUGCUGGACUGCUUCCACGACUUCUGCGCCGGCUGCCUGCGCGGCCGCACCGCCGACGGCCGCCUCGCCUGCCCGCUGUGCCAACACCAGACGGUGGUGAAGGGCCCCAGCGGGCUGCCUCCGGUGGAUCGGCUGUUGCAGUUCCUGGUGGACAGCUCAGGGGAUGGUAUGGAGGUGGUGCGCUGUGCCAACUGCGACCAGGAGUGCGGCAAGCAGGACGCAGAGACCACGUACUUCUGCAACACGUGCGGGCAGCCGCUGUGCGCGCGCUGCCGCGAUGAGACGCACCGGGCACGCAUGUUCGCGCGCCACGACAUCGUGGCCUUGGGCCAGCGCAGCCGCGACGUGCUCCAGAAGUGCACACUGCACGCCGAGCCCUACAUCAUGUUCUCCACCGACAAGAAGUCGCUGCUGUGCAUCCGCUGCUUCCGGGACAUGCAGGGGGAGAGCCGGGCUCACUGCGUGGACCUCGAGUCGGCGUACGUGCAAGGCUGCGAGCGGCUGCAGCAGGCGAUGCUGGCGGUGAAGGCCCUGCAGACCGCCACACGGGAGGCCAUCGCACUGCUGCAGGCGAUGGUGGACGAGGUGCGACGCAGCGCGGCGGAUGAGGAGGCCGCCAUCCACGCCCUCUUCGGCAGCAUGCAGGACAAACUGGCAGAGAGGAAAGCACUGCUGCUGCAGGCUGUGCAGAGCCAGUAUGAAGAAAAGGACAAGGCCUUCAAGGAGCAGCUCUCCCAUUUGGCUACUCUGCUGCCCACCCUGCAGGUCCACCUGGCCAUCUGCUCUUCCUUCCUCAGCUUGGCCAACAAGGCUGAGUUCCUGGACCUGGGCUAUGAGCUGGUGGAGAGGCUGCAGGGCAUCGUCACGCGGCCACAUCGCCUACGGCCUGCACAGAGCAGCAAGAUCGCCAGCGACCACCGCGCCGAGUUCGCGCGCUGCCUGGAGCCGCUGCUGCUGCUGGGACCGCGCCGGGCGGCGGGGGCCGGGGGCGGUACCAGCACGCUAGCAGGGGGCUCGGGCCCCAAGGUGCUGGUGGGGCCCAGCUGCCCCUCCCCCGUGGGAAAGAUGUUGGGGUCACCGGUCCAAAAGCCCACGCUGCACCGGUCCAUCAGCACCAAGGUGCUGCUGGCAGAGGGCGACGAUUCACCCUUCACGGAACACUGCCGCCACUUUGAGAACUCCUACCGGCGCCUGCAGGCAGAGAUGCAGAACCUGAAGGACCAGGUACAGGAGCUGCACCGGGACCUCACCAAGCACCACUCGCUCAUCAAGGCCGAGAUCAUGGGUGAUAUCCUGCACAAGUCCCUGCAGGUGGACACACAGAUCGCCUUGGAGUAUGCUUCCGUGGAGGGCAUGAGAGCAGUCUUCCAGGAGAUUUGGGAGGAAUCCUACCAGCGCGUGGCUAACGAGCAGGAGAUUUAUGAAGCCCAGCUCCAUGACCUUCUCCAGCUGAAGCAGGAGAAUGCCUACCUGACCACCAUCACCAAGCAGAUCACGCCCUACGUGCGCUCCAUUGCCAAGGUGAAGGAGCGGCUAGAGCCCAGGUUUCAGGCCCCUGUGGAUGAACCGUCAGACUAUCUACAAAACACGCAUGAUGAUGGCGUGAAUGGCGAAGCCCAGGCCAGAGUCUCCGCUUUGAAACCUGCAAUGGAAAAAGAAAUCUCCUGA